AUGAGCCAUUUGGACCAUCACUUACGUGACAACCCUGACUAUGUGCCUGUACCAUCUAAAUCACUUAGAGGUUACCUAUACAUGUCACCGCUACAUAAACCUGGAGAGAGAGACCCACAUGAAGCUCUUGAAUGGUUUGAUAAAGCACUUGAUGACACCACAAGAAUGACAGACAAAGAAGGACAAAUCGGUGAUCGAAUAGUGGUGCCUGCUGACAAAGCACAUGUAUUGUUUCUUUUAGGGGAAUAUGAAGAUGUUAAAAUAGUCAUAACCGAGUUGAAGAAAUACAUUCAUCAGAUAAAUAGACCCAAAGCUUUUGCUUAUAUACAAGCCCACCAAGCAUUUGCGUUAAGUUGGUUUGGUCAAGCAAACAUUGAAAGGGGAAUAGGGUGCUUUGAUAAAGCAUUAGAUGUUCUCCCGAAUCAAGAAUCGUGGUUGUUUGGUAAAGCUCGUCUCCACUCUCGACACUCUUCCACUGCUGACUCGGGCCAGGGGGCUUCCCAAGAAGAGAUCAUAUACAACAAGAUUCUGCAGAUAAACGAGACCCACAUUCUUGCCAAGGUAUACCUAGCCUUAAACGCGAAUCGCAGGCAUUCCGAUUUUGAGGCGGAGUGGCAUUUUGAAAAAGCGCUAGAUUAUGGUAGAGACCGUGUUACUGUAGUCCAACGAGUGGCUCAAUAUUAUGAAUCGAAAAACAAUUUGAACAAAGCCAUGGAGCUUUACAAUACAGCAUUGGCCAUAGAACCCGAGUCAUCAUUCAUUCAUUACCACAUUGGGGUAAUUUAUAGAAAAAUGGCACAAAAGCUUAAGGCAAUUGACAGGACCCUGGUUUGCAGGCUGCAAUUAGAUACUUCGACCUGGCAGUAA